CAACUUGACACUCAUUGGUGAAUUGUUGUGUAGCACUGUAGCAUUUGCAGGCAUUCGCGAGCAUUCGCGAAUCCUUGUAACCUGGAAGUCAAAACAUGAUUCCGUGCAAUUUACGUUCGUAUAAUUGCUCUUGUCUAGACUCGUUCGCGGUUUAGCGACGUGCGCGACGUACAUCGACGACAUCGAUGCGAGGACAAAAUUGUCUCCACGGGUUAUCCACGAAGGACGACGAUGUCGGGCAGCAGCGAUUCCGAGGAAUUUUUCGACGCGGAGGAUGACUCGUUUCAUCGCGCGUCACGAAAAAUUAAGCAGCGUGAUUCCACCAAUAUCGAAUCUCAAGCUGAUAAAACGUCAGAAGUUUACAAACUAAUGGACGAUCAUGUUUUUGUAAAACCUGUUGAACCUAAAUCUACUAUUGAGUCAAAGGGUCAUUUAUCUCUAGACAAUAGGCAAAAUAAGGAUAAACUUGAUGAGGAUAGCAGGGAAUCAACCACAGAUAAAAUUAUAGGAAGAAGAAGAUUUCGAGAACUUCGGCAACGCAUGCAAACGGAAGACGACGAUAUUCCGAUUAACAGUUCUCCUCCGGACAGUCAGACAUCUUCCAUCGAGGGUGUUUAUCCCACCCCUUCGAAAACGACACAUCCAUUCAGAAUCAUAGAACAUGACACUCUCAGUUUACAAAGUAUGACCUCUUUGGGACGAGUUGGCCGAAUUCUGGCAGGAGUCGCAGAUAAUGCUUCUGGUGUGCUUGCACCUAGUAUAGCACAGUGCUCUCCUUCCACUGCCCUCACCCGUGAAGGUCAAAUGUCCUCCAUUGCUAGUAUUCCAAGUAAAGACGAGGACACAGCCUCUGGUAAGGUGUCUCAGUCUUCCAGCAUCCUUACGUUAUCAGGGGAUGUCCUGCAGGAAUCCUCUGCUAACAAUAGGUCCGGUUAUGUUUCUCAAUCUCAAAGUGACAAGAUUGCUAUGCUUCAAGAACCCGAUGUCAUUGCAAGUACAAAGAAUAACGGGAAAUCAGCAGAAGAUAUUGCAAUGCCUGGCAUACCAGUAGCUCCACCGCGUCGUAAGAAGAAAACAAAGAUUCAUACACCUAAUGAUCUUGCUCCUUCUGUGGAAACGCUUGUAUCCGCAUCGCCACUUCCAAGUCCAGCAAGUACUAUAGAAUCGAUUACUCGAGAAUUCGAACACUCUCUUGAUAUCCGAUCCGCGACAAAAGGACAGUACGUUGUUAAACCUCAGGAUGAGGAUAAAUUGAAAGCAGAAGGGCCAUCUACUGAGGAAUUGGAAAGAGUAGAAAGAAUGAAGGCAGAAUUGCUUAAUCGAGCGAGUGAAAAAUCUAGUAGCCCAUUAGGAUCAGCAUCGAGCAACAGUAUUGGCCGUUAUUCCAUAGGUCCGUACAAGCUCUCAGGCAUGAGCCCGCAAGGUUCUAAAGAAAGGCGUAAAUCUGCUGGUGAUCAAGAUAUGGUCAAGCAAUUAAAUAUGUUUGUGAGGACUAGAACAGAUUCUGGCAAGCGUCUUACCGAUAUGGAAAUCUUGGAACAAGUGCCUGUAACGAAUUUAGAUACGGGGGAACAGGUGCCAUUGAGUAUAGCAGAGGAUAAAUUACCACAAUGUAUUAAUCCUUUGUCAUUACAUAUUAUGAGACUCACUAAAUCUAAAUACAUAAGCAAUUCUAGUCUUGAGAAAGAAAAGGAGAGCGAUGAGGAAAGCGUGGACAGUAAAAUGUCUAGUAUACCUCCGGACGAAGAUGUAUCCGUGGAUAGAGUCCGUAAGCGGACGCAAAAGUUGAAACGAUUUUUAGGAUCCACUGUAAAAAAGACAAUGAACAAGGCUAAGUCUAUCGCGCAAGAGGUAUCGCAUGCAAGACACAAGGAAGAUGUCAUGGACAUAGUAGAUGAAGUCUAUCUUGGCGAGCAACAAUAUAUAAAAUUAAAGGCAUCAAACAGCCACAAGGGUCCGUACGAGUUCAGUUGUCUGCAGCAUGUACAGGAUCUUAAUGGAGAACAUAUAGGACCUGUUUGGUGUAUGAAAUUUUCCGCCUGUGGCCGAUUGCUGGCCACCGCUGGACAAGAUCGGGUUCUAAGGAUUUGGGUUUUACGAGAUGCUUUUACAUACUUUCAGGACAUGCGAACCAAGUACAAUGCGGAAAAAGUUAGUCCCACUCCUUCGCAGGAAUCGUUAGUUUCGCAGCAAUCUAUGGAAGAUCCUAACAUCGUGGCUAGUGCCAGCGAAAUAGAAGGAACGAAAAGUCCGUUCAUGCCGAAGCCAUUUUGUACAUACACCGGUCACACUUCGGACUUGCUUGAUGUUUCAUGGUCUAAGAAUUACUUUGUUUUAUCCUCAUCGAUGGACAAAACUGUACGGCUUUGGCAUAUAUCCCGCAAGGAAUGUUUAUGUUGCUUUCAGCAUAUCGAUUUUGUCACCGCUAUAGUAUUUCAUCCACGAGACGACCGGUAUUUUCUCUCAGGAUCAUUGGAUGGUAAAUUGCGCUUAUGGAAUAUUCCAGACAAAAAAGUCGCUGUGUGGAACGAAGUGGACGGACAAACAAAAUUAAUUACCGCAGCAAACUUUUGUCAGAACGGAAAAUUUGCGGUGGUUGGAUCGUACGACGGUAGAUGCAUAUUUUAUAACACAGAUCAAUUGAAGUACCACACACAGAUACACGUUCGAUCGACAAGAGGGAAAAACUCCACCGGUCGCAAAAUCAGCGGAAUCGAACCUAUGCCGGGUGAAGACAAAAUUUUGGUUACAUCAAACGAUAGUCGCAUUCGUUUGUACGAUUUAAGAGACUUGAAUUUAUCUUGCAAAUACAAGGGCUACGUGAAUGUCAGCAGUCAGAUUAAAGCAAGUUUCAGUCCCGAUGGACAAUAUAUAGUUAGUGGUUCUGAAAAUCAAUGCAUUUACAUUUGGAAAACCCAUCACGAUUAUUCCAAGUUCUCUAGUGUUCGUAGAGAUCGAAAUGAUUUCUGGGAGGGUAUAAAAGCCCACAAUGCUGUAGUAACAUGCGCCGUAUUCGCACCAAAUCCAGAUAGUAUUAUUAAACAAAUUGAAGCGAGAGAACAGUGGGAAAGCAAAGAGGAGUCGAAAGGUGUGGAUAAUUCUAAUGUAAGUGUUGUUCCCGUUGAUCCUGUUGUUGAACAACGCACCAAAGGCUGCGGCGGCCAUGUCCUAGUGAGCGCCGAUUUCAAUGGAUGCAUAAAGGUUUUUUUAAAUAAGACAAAACCUAAACAUAGUUCCCUACCAGCAUCUGCACUCGCGUAAUGUAACACGCAUGCACACGCGCGCUUGCGUUCAUACAUACAUACAUAUGACACACGCGCUCGCAUGUGCAUAAUUGGGUUCCUUUGUUCUUUACUCAAAGAAACCGAGCAAAUCUUUAUCCUGAAUUUUUUCCUCAAAUGUUCAUCGCUGGGUGUGUAUGAGAUGUUUUAAUUUAAACUGUCAAAUUUCGUGAACCAAGUGAUAUAGUUAAAAAAAAAAAAAAAAAAAAAUAUAUGUUUCCACAAUAAAAGCUACAAAGUCGAGGAGAAUUAAGGAAUUAAGUCUGGCUGUGUAUGUGUGUGUGUGUGUUGAGGAACUGUCACGGUCGCUGGUAUAAGAGUCUUUAAUUGAUUUUGAAAAAUAAUAAAGCCAGCAGUUUAUUAAAUAUAAAAGAAGAGAUAAAUAAAAGCUAGAAAAAGAUGAAUAAAUAGAAAACAAGUCUUAGUAGCUGCUCAAUAUUCUAAUUUGAAUUUACGCUAAAAUCAUGGCCUCAUUAACUGUGUUCACCAAAAUCUAAUUUUCUUCGAAAGUUCGCAACUUCUCACAAUACCUCAAUUUUUGCGUCUGCUUUGAGAGCAACUGCACCGUUCUCCCGUUGUUCCGAAAAUUAUGCUCUUUCUCCAUGAAAUCGGAAGCCUCGAUAACAGCACACUCUUGCUUACAUCGAUUAAUCUAUAUCAUUCAUCCACUAUUAUUAUGAUCAGUCAGGCGCUUACAUUGGUUUCAAGAUAAAACCAUAAGUUGUAUUUUUUUAAAUAGCAAUUUCUAUUUUUGUUUUUGUUAUCGUAAAAUAUAGAAAAAUUCAUUCUAAAAGCGUGUAACAUAUGACUGAAAAUAUCAAUUAUAAUGCUAGCUUUAUUUGGUUUUACUUAAGAUGUACCACGUGGAGGUUACACGGCUGGAUUUACAACUCGCACGUCCGUGCAUACAUUACAACAUUGCUCAGAAUUUCCAUUGUUUUGCUCAAUACAAAUCCGUUCUUUAUUAAAAACAAAAGAAAAAAAGAAUUUUCACAAGUAACAUGUUAUAUGCUUUUGAACACUGAUUUUUUUCUGUUUUUUACGGUAGCAAAAAUAAAAAAUGGAAUUACCAUUUGAAAAAUGUGACCAAAUAUAAAUGUAUAACUCAUGAUGAUAUUUUAAAAUUGAUAGCUUCAACACGCACAGCCAAGUUUUCCCCUCCAAAUUUCACAACUUUUAUUCGAUGUAUUUUUUUGUCACAUUAUUUACGGGUUACUCGAGAGUUUGAAUUAAAAUGGGAUAUUCUGUAUGUGCAUCAUUUGAAAACUGAUCACUAGGGUUAAAGAUACAUAUAUGCGUUAUUUUUGAAGAAGUGUUUUCUACCCGUCGGUCUUGGUAAAAUAUGAUAUUUAUAGGUUUUUGGAAUCACUAAAUUCAAGUUUUCGAUCAAAAUUUUCGAGUUUAACAUGACAGACCUACUCUAGCAAGGGCAAAUUUGAAUUAUUAUUCUAUUCUCAUCAAACUUGAUUUUUAUGGGUUUUAAUGGUAUUUGAAUUUAAAUCUGACAUAAAAAUUUUGAAAUUUAGGAGAGUAUUAAUAUUUUUAUAAAACAACAAGUAAAGUUUAUUGUUCUGAAAUUUUCAUUAAGUUUACAUGUUACAAGUUUAAAUGUGAAGUAUCAAUAAUUUUUCAAUUUUUUUAUGCUUA